UCAGACAGAAUGUCUCUUUUACAUUUAGUCGGACGCACUGCUGCGUCUUCUUUCCUUAUCAACAAUGGAUCAGUAGGACGGAUACAAGUAAGAUUUAGAUCUCGACGACUCUGCGACCGCUUGGUGAAACCUGCAGAUAAGACUGGUAUUCUCCUGGGUAAAGUUAACACACGAGCAGAUAAAACUAUCCCCGGAGUCUCGGAUAAAGUUCAUCCCAUCCUCGUCCAGUGGAAGAGACCAGUGAGAGUUGAGACUUGCAAUCCAGAAUUAUCCGGUGAUAUCGGAGGUUUAGAACAUUUUGGCGAGGUUGACCAGACCCAGCCUCCGCUGGAGCUGGAGGGCUGUAAGGCCCUGGCCGAGGCUGACGCUGUUGUUCAGAAAAUUUUAAGUCUUGAAUAUAGACGGAGACGAGAUUCAAUGCAAAAACUAAAAAGAGAUCUAGUAACGACGGUCCGUCAGCACCCCCUGGACGACAGUUCCCUGGAGGUCAAGAUUGCGACCCUUACCGUCAAGAUUAGAAAUUACCACAGAGAUCUGGUCGAAAGAUAUCCUUACAAGAAUCAACCUCUCAAGCACAAUAUGACUGCUUGUAUUGCGUUGCGCCGUAGACUAUUAGAAAUACUCCGUGAGCAAGACUACCGUAAGUUUGAAUGGCUGCUGGAGAAACUAAAUCUAUUUUAUAAACCAGUUCCUCAUUAUGAUGCUUUUGCUGUUGGACGUAAGAGCAGUAUUGAGAGACUAACGGAUUUAUGGUGUGAUGAGCUUAAACAACACAGAUUGGAUAAAUAUAAGAGAAAAUUAAUGGAAGAUCAGCCCAAGUUUCUGCGGGAUAAAGCUGAUAAACUUAAACAUAUUAUGGCAGAGGAGAAGGAUUUAGGUCUAGAACCUUCAGUUUUCCAGGAGGAUGUGGAUGAAUGUUUACGACGAGCUGUUGAGAUAGAGAACAGAAACCUGGUGGAGGAGAACCAUCCCCAGACCUACCUUGUCUACCAGGAGGAGACCGUCAAGGAGCAGAACGUUUUCCUCAAUUAAAAUUGACAUUUUCCUCAAAUAAACUCAGCGUUUUUCUAAACUUUUUCCUUCUCUAAACGUCUCUAAAACUUUCCUUUUCAUUAAUGCUGAACUAUUUGCAUCGUUUCCCUUAACUCUUAAAACUCUGUAUUUUCCUAAUCUAUCUCAACGCUACUGAAUUGUAUACUGCCUUUUUCCCAACCGAUAAGAUAUAAUUUGAAUUAAGCGUCAUAUUCCUUCUCUUGUUUUCCCAACCGAUAAGAUAUAAUUUGAAUUAAGCGUCAUAUUCCUUCUCUUGUUUUCUUUACCUAGUUUUUUCCGAAGUCAAUUGGAGCGACAAAAUAAUUGAAAAAAAAAUUUCAGAAA